AUGCCAUACAGAAAAGUUGGCGAGAACCAGGAGCCCGGUGGCGUUGUCAACGACUAUUGGGCGACAACUUUCACCGCUGCUAACACCACUACCGAACCCUACAUUCUCGUCAACCAAACAGACGUGCAGAAGUGGCAGUUUGGCCCAUGGUAUCCCAACGGCCCCGUGUACGCGCUGCAGUGGCCUAUAAGUUGGGAUGGCUCCAUCAAGACGUGUGACUCCAGUCCGUUAGGUCUAUUUGGAACGCUCUUCUUCAAUAUCAACAUCAACAGUCCGGAACCCGACUUAAAGAGUUUGGUAGGGGAAUGUCCCCAGCUAGGCGGUGCGUACGAGAUCAACACAACAGCUAAGAACAGCUCCUGCUCCGCGGUUGUGAGCAAUAGCAGUAAUGGAGACUCUUGUGCUGUCCCCUUGAACAAGACUACAGUUGGGAGUAUCUCAAGCGCCUUGCAGAGCCUUAUUACAGCGUCAGCAUCCACAGCAGCGGCCAGUGUAACGGUCACACCUUCACGGCCGGCGCAUAAUAUUGCUGUUAGUUCAGAUGUUCCGUUACUACAUGUAUUGGUUGCUAUAUUUCUUCUUGGCCGUUACAAGGGCACCUUCACGAGAUGUGGUGAUCUUAUCUCGAAUGAUCCGCCAUGGGGUGGAGAACGUGAAUGUGUAUAG